UAUUAGGUGUAGGUGCUGUCCGAUAGCUUUCUACAGAGUCGCGUGUCCGGUAUACAUGCAUAAACGUGCCGGAAAUUGAAUCCUACGGGCUGACGAGUAUGGGUCUUUAGGCUACAAUGAACGUUGCCUUUGUCGCUCUAGCACUACACACCAUCGCAGUAAUAUUCACGGAAAUAGAUCUCGCUGAUGCAAAGAUAGGUCGCAAUACCGCAACACUUCCUCGCCGUCAACAGAUGCAACAAUCGAGAACCAGAAGAAUUCUGAAAAAGCGUAAUCCUAAACGUUUCAAACGUAACAAAAAGCCAAAGGCACCUAAAAAGCCAACGGGUGGUAACCCGAUGGGAGGAAUGGGAAUGACGGACAUGAUGAUGAUGAGUUCAAUGAUGGGCGGAGGAAUGGGAAUGGGAGGGAUUGGAAUGGGAGGGAUAGGAAUGGGAGGAAUGGGAAUGGGAGGCAUGGGAGGCAUGGCGGCACGGGAGGAUUAG